UCUAAUCGAUCGCAGAACAACCGAUCUGCCGGCGCCAUCGAUUCCAUCCGGCUUCGCUAGCCUCGCUCCCGCCUCCGCGCGCGCCAGAUGUCCCCAGAGCAGCGGCAGCAGUAAGCGUGCGCCAGCAGAGCAGUCCUAAGCAGCUAUGGAGCAUGCAUUUACUCCACUGGAGAGUCUGCUUCCCACAGGAGACCUGAAGUUUUGCCUCGUGAUUCUUAACCAGCCUUUGGACAAAGGUCAUUUUGAUCGUCUGUGGAGCAAAGCUGUCUUGAGAGCAUGUGCUGAUGGAGGUGCUAAUCGUUUGUAUCAGAUCACAGAAGGAAAUCAGGACAGCUUCUUACCUGAUUAUAUCAGCGGUGACUUUGAUUCCAUUAGGCCUGAAGUCAAGGAAUACUACAAGGGCAAGGGGUGUGAGCUCAUAGAGACCCUGGAUCAAGAUUUGACUGACUUUACCAAGUGCCUUCAGAUCCUCCAGACAAGGAUAGAAGAAAAGGGCCUGCAGGUUGAUAUCAUUGUGGUUUUGGGCGGACUUGGAGGACGCUUUGACCAAAUCAUGGCAUCAGUGGAGACACUUUUUCAUGCAACAAAUAUCACUCCUUUUCCAGUUAUAGUUCUCCAAGACUGCUCCCUCAUCUACCUGCUUCAACCUGUCCUCUAAAGAGAGCCCUGGAAGAGAAAAUAAAUGUCCAACUAUGAAGUGUAAAGAUGCAGUGC